AUGCGGGGCUCUUUUCGAGGCUCUUCAAGUGACGGUAACGGUGACGAUGACGAUGACCCGGGGCCUCCUGCGGCCUCGUUCGGGGCUUCCUCUUUCUCUGAGGAAGAUCCAAAGCCAGCGGCUUUCGCCAUGAAAUUGUCCGACCAGGCGUUUGUCACGCUGGCCACCAAUGACGUCUACUGCCAGGGGGCCCUGGUCCUGGGCCAGUCCCUGAGAAACCACAGGGCGACCAGGAUGCUGGUGGUGUUGAUCACUCCUCAGGUGUCCGGCCUGCUCAGGCUCGUCCUGUCUCGAGUGUUUGACGAGGUCAUAGAGGUGAACCUGGUUGACAGCGCGGACGACGUCCACCUGGCCUUCCUCAGGAGACCCGAGCUGGGGGUCACCCUCACCAAGCUGCACUGCUGGACCCUCACGCAGUACGGCAAGUGCGUGUUCCUGGAUGCAGACACCCUGGUGCUGAGCAACAUCGACGAGCUGUUCGAGCGCAGCGAGCUGUCGGCGGCCCCGGACCCCGGCUGGCCGGACUGCUUCAACAGCGGGGUCUUUGUCUUCCAACCUUCUCUGGAGACGCACAGGCUGCUGCUGCAGCACGCCACCGACCACGGCAGCUUCGACGGGGCCGAUCAGGGCUUAUUGAACAGUUUCUUCAGCAGCUGGCCGACGGCCGACAUCCGCAAGCACCUGCCCUUCACCUACAACCUGAGCAGCAGCACGGCGUACACCUACAGCCCGGCUUUCAGGCAGUUCGGUUCCAGCGUCAAGGUGGUCCACUUUUUGGGGUCCACGAAGCCUUGGAACUAUAAGUACAACCCGCAGAGCGGCUCAGUUCUGGACGGCAGCUGCGGGCCGGUCCCGCAGCACGAGGCGUCCUUCCUCAACCUGUGGUGGGGCAUCUACCACGGCAGCGUCCUCCCGCUCUACGGCAGCGUCCGCCACCAGGACCCGCACGUGCCGCCCGCGCGCACGGCACACCUCAGAGGCGUUGGGGAGCCGUGUGCAGAUCCAGCAGCCAGAGCCGAGGGGCCGUGUGCAGAUUCGGUGCCUGGUGUCGGGGAGCCGUGUGCAAAAUCAACAGCAGAGCCUGGCCAGGCUUGGCCCGCUGCGGACCCUUCGGAGCCGCCCGUGGCCGUGGCCGGGACCCCACCCUCGCCUGAGGGAGGCCAUUCGGAAGAGGGGAAUCAUUAUGAGGCCAUCGGCCGGCGUGCAUGUGCGGGCACCGGAUCGAAGGCCAUUCGCAGCUUCGGCCUGUGCGACGGCUAUUUCUUGUUGACGAAGCCGGCGGAUAAAACAGAACGUGGUCCGUCGGACCGGUCCGUGGAACCCAGCCAGGAGCCCCCUGUGGAGGCGACCGGGGACACCGGCCCUCAGGACGCGCUGGAGGUGGACCUGGCCAUCUCCGUCGCCGAGAUCUCCAUCGAGGAGAAGGUGGUGGCGCUGAGCUCCGAGGAGCAGAGGAGGACCUGGGAAGAGGGUCGCAUCGACUACAUGGGCAAAGACGCGUUCGCCCGCAUCCAGGAGAAGCUGGACCGCUUCCUGCAGUGA